AAGCAAAGAAAGUUUGAUCCUGAAUUGUGGGAUAAUGUUGUUGCAGAGAACGUUUCCUGUCUCCCAACCGGUAUUGAUGGACUUUGUGCAUACACGAUAAAGUGCAAAGCCACUGACAAAGUGAAAGUUAUUCAAACUGACGAUAGGAAGUGGAAGAAAAGUUCAGCUACUAGGUGGAAGAACUUUGGAGAAAUGAGGUAUGCAGACUGCCGGGGCUCAUACAAAUGUGAGAACAUUGACUGCCCAUAUAGGGUUCAAUAUGGAGUCAUAAACCGCAUGCAAAUGAAAAAACGUGAAGGCGUACAUGUUUGUGGGGUCUGUGAAGAUCCUGCCGUGUUUGUUGAAUGCGCUGCACGCCGCUACCUUCAGACAGGGAAAAAACACAUUAAGGUAUUUCACUGUGGAACACACACCUGCCCAGUG